CCUCGAUCAAUACAACUCUCGUUUACGAGUGCCCAGACGCCAAUGAAUGUCGAAAUAAUAGGCAUCCUCAUCGUUGUGGUUUUGAAGGUGAGAAGCAACGAAGAUCACACAGGUGGACAGCAUCCUGUAUGGGCGAAGAAAUACGCUUUCCUGUUUUUGAGCCCACUCGUGAGCCCUUGACGAAAGGGGAAACAUUGACACUUAAAGUGGCAAUCUUCGCCAAAGGGACGAAACGCGUAUACGAGAUACUGUGAAGGGAGGUCAGCAUGAAUAAAAUGCUAUGCACUGGAGAGUUCGAUGGCUUGUCGUCAGCUUCGUAUGGUCACUAGAGCGUGUAUGGCCAAUGGUUAUACGAUACGCUGGGUGCUCGCCUGCUGCAAUGAUAUCCUUGAUACUUACCUGGAAAGACUCAGUCCCUUGCACGGAGGCCUUCGAAGAUCAGUUCAGCCUCACGUCUUUCAAGAUCACCAUUGCCAAGGUCCAGAACCCAUCCACUCAUCCCCGCCAUCCCCACGUCUAGUUCUCAGCCACCAUCUCCCUUCGCUAGCACCAUGCGCCCGCCGCCAGGUUCUAUGCCUCAAGGGACAGGUCUUGCCCCACCUACGAGUCGAGUCUCACGCCACACCGUAACAAACACUCUUCACCCCCUCACCAAACGUCACUAUCCAUGCUGCCAGCUCAUAGUGACACCACUUUAUCGCCUCGACCUCUUCUGAUCCGUAUCGGGAAUUGUCGUCUGACAAUGCACCAGGGACCCCACUGCAAUACCAAGUAUCUUACGGCCCAGGAACCAAUGAUACGUAGGGAGAGAGGAUUUUUUCGUUAGGAGGCGGUGGUAAGAGGAAGACGCAGGAUUGACUAGAAGGCUGAUGGAGAAGGAAGAAGAGGGGCAAGGAAACCAAUUGGCGGCGUAGCGAACAACCCACGCCUGCUGUGUAGAUACAAUGGGACAGUGCAGUUGCAAGAUUUUAUGUAACCAUACUCCCGUU